GCAGGCACACACGGGAUGCGUGCGGGCGAGCGCUCGCCCUGUCCGUGGGGAUGCUGAAGAACGGCGAUUCCGAGGAGCAUGAGAAGAGGCGCUGGGCCAUGGCGGAGCCGCUGGGUCCCGCUCCGGCCCCGCUGCUGGCCGCCGCUCGCCGGGCGCACGAAGCGGCUUUCGGGAAAGCGCCGGUGCUGGCGGCGUGGGCCCCCGGCCGGGUCAACCUCAUCGGAGAGCACACCGACUACAACGGCGGCUUCGUGCUGCCCAUGGCCCUGCAGCUGGGGACGGUGCUGGUGGGAUCCCCGACGCAGGACGGGACCAUCUCCAUCGUCACCACCUCGGCAGAGGCGGACGAGCCCCGCAGGGUGCAGUUCCUGGCUCCCCGUGCCGGCAGCUCCCUGAGCCCGGGGCUGCCUCGCUGGGCCAACUACGUCAAGGGCGUCAUCCAGCACUACCGGGGUGGUCCCGUGCCAGGCUUCAGCGCUGUCAUGGCCAGUGACAUCCCCCUGGGUGGGGGCCUCUCCAGCUCGGCUGCUCUGGAGGUGGCUACAUACACCUUCCUGCAGCAGCUGUGCCCUGACGAUGGGGAUCUGGUAGCCAAGGCACUGGCGUGCCAGAAAGCUGAGCACACGUUUGCUGGGAUGCCCUGUGGGAUCAUGGACCAGUUCAUAUCCGUGAUGGGCCAGGAGGGCCACGCGCUGCUCAUCGACUGCAGGUCCCUGGAGACCGUGCUGGUCCCGCUGAGCGAUGCCAGCCUGGCCGUGCUCAUCACCAACUCCAACGUGCGGCACGCGCUGACGGGCAGCGAGUACCCCGCGCGCCGGCGGCAGUGCGAGGAGGCAGCGGCGGCUCUCGGCAAGGCCAGCCUCAGGGAUGCCACCCUGGCCGAGCUGGAAGAGGCCAGGAGCCGGCUGGGGGAUGAGGUGUUCCGGCGGGCCAGGCACGUCAUCGGCGAGAUAGCACGGACAGCACAGGCAGCACAGGCACUGCAGCACAGGGACUACAGAACGUUCGGGAGGCUGAUGGUGGAGAGCCACAACUCCCUCAGGGAUGACUAUGAAGUGAGCUGCCCAGAGCUGGACGAGCUGGUGGCAGCAGCCCUGGAAGUUGAUGGGGUUUAUGGCAGCAGGAUGACUGGGGGAGGCUUUGGAGGCUGCACGGUGACACUGCUGGAAGCUGGGGCUGCAGACAGAGCCCAGCAGCACAUCCAGGAGAAAUACAGUGGCACAGCCACCUUCUACCUCACCAAGCCCUCGGGAGGGGCAAAGGCUCUGCCCCUGUAGAGGAGUGACCACCUACCCUGGGAACCUUGGGCUCCAUUGCCUCCCUCCUCAAGGCUUUCCCAAGGGGAUUAGUUUGUCCAGCUGCAUCAUUUGCCUAAUAAAAGCAAAAUAUUUGCACAGUU